ACACGUAGCGUCAGUCGCAGUCGAUUGUUCGAUUCGUUCUUGCGUAUUUUGAUUUUCCACUGAACUUCGUGCCAGCGAGUAGCGUUUUCCGUAAAAGUCAGUGUUCGUGCAAUUCGUCGCGAGGUGCAUAUCGUGGAGGAGCAGAACCCAGUAGUUCGCUUUUUUUCCGUGGCAAACGUCAUUCCCAAUUUCGAUCGAAGAUGAGCACACCGGUGAAGAAAGUGCCCAUUCACCUGCAGAGCGCGCAAAACAGGCUGCUGAUCAAGAAUGGAAACGUCGUCAACGAAGACAGCAUCGCUGCCAUCGACGUUUACAUCGAAGACGGCAUCAUUAAGCAAAUGGGACGGAAUCUGAUAAUACCAGGCGGCACGAGGGUAAUCGAUGCUCGGGAGAAGUACGUGAUGCCUGGUGGCAUAGAUCCUCACACCCACUUCGAGUUGGAGCUGAUGGGAGCCAAGUCUGUGGACGAUUUUUACCAGGGCACCAAGGCAGCUGUCGCAGGUGGCACGACGAUGAUCAUCGACUUCGUCAUCCCCAAGAAGGACGAGUCUCUGUUGGAGGCGUACGAGAGGUACAGAGAGACCGCCGACCAGAAAGUCUGCUGCGAUUAUUCGCUCCAUGUCGCCGUCACGUCCUGGAGUCCAAAAGUCAAAGAGGAAAUGACGACAUUGGUGCAGUUGCACGGGGUCAACAGCUUCAAGAUGUUCAUGGCAUAUCGUGACUUGUACAUGCUGAGGGACCCAGAACUGAUAGAGGUUUUCAAGACGUGCAAGGAACUGGGUGCCGUCGCCAUGAUUCAUGCUGAAAAUGGCGAUAUUAUUGCAGAGAACACGAAACGAUUGCUCGAGGCAGGAGUUACAGGACCGGAAGGCCACGAAAUGUCACGUCCAGAGGAAGUUGAGGCUGAGGCUGUGAAUAGAGCGUGCGUUAUAGCCAGCCAGGUGAAUUGUCCACUGUAUGUAGUGCAUGUGAUGAGUCGUAGUGCCGCGGAGGCAGUGGUCGCCGCUCGUAAGCAUGGCGUAUGCGUCUUCGGCGAGACCUUGGCGGCCGCAGUCGGCACAGAUGGCACAAACUAUGGGCACAAAUGCUGGAAGCACGCCGCGGCGCACGUCUUGAGCCCGCCUCUGAGGCCAGAUCCAGAUACACCUGGUGUGCUACUGAACAUGUUGGCAACAGACGGCCUCCAGGUCACUGGCAGCGACAACUGCACCUUCAACGCUGAACAGAAAGCGCUGGGCAAGAACGAUUUCUCCAAGAUCCCGAAUGGCGUGAACGGAGUCGAGGAUCGGAUGUCUGUCAUUUGGGAGAAAGGCGUUCACGCUGGAAUAAUGGACCCGAUGAGGUUCGUGGCUGUGACGAGCACGAACGCUGCCAAGAUCUUUAACUUGUACCCGAGAAAGGGAGUGAUAGCAGUCGGCUCGGACGCUGAUAUAGUCGUCUGGGACCCUUACAGGAAACGUACGAUUUCCGCUGAGACUCAUGUCCAGGCCGUUGACUUCAACAUAUUCGAGGGCAUGGAAAUUCACGGAGUACCAGAGUACGUGAUAGUGGAAGGCCGUGUCUGCGUGGACGAAUGCGAAUUGAAAGCUGUCCACGGAUUUGGAAAAUUUGUGGAGACUCCAACCCACAAUGAAUAUGUAUAUAGUAUGAUAGAAGACAGAGAAAAGAGACCGCGCGGCGUGCCACGAACCGAAGUCGAGGCGAAAAAAUACGCGGAGGAGGACGCCGCCAUUGCGAAGGCGAAGGAAGAGGCUAGAGCAGCGGCAAUGGCUAAGGCACACCAGACGAACGGCACUUACCCGAGCCCGAAACCGAAACUGAAGAUGCCUGACUGCGUGCCUACGUUACCAGAUUCUGCCGUGGUUACGCCAUCCUCGAAAGGUCCUCGACUAGAAGGACAAAGAAAUUUACAGGACACCACUUUCUCCAUCAGCGAGGACGUCGAGGAAGGAAGAAGAGCAUGCAUCCGCGUAAAUAAUCCACCUGGUGGCCGCAGUGCGGGAGGCUUUUGGUAAUUUAUGAAAGAAAGUGAUCAAGGUUCGCUUUGCAUAUAGUGAUUUUUUAUUACUAAGAACGGAGUAAAUCCCUCUCCCUAAUCACCCUCCUUAUCAUUCGCAUAUAAACACGUACACAUCUGCAUUUUUCCCCUUGUUUUCUGUUUCACGUGAGAAUUGUCAGCCCGCUUUCAGGUUCGCUACUCACCAAAUAUUAAGACUUAAGUUUAGUUUCGUUUACAAUUGACAUAUAUUCCCAUCGUAUCAAGGUCUGUUCCAUUAAAGGAGGAUUCGAAAGCCACUGGUCAGUAGAGAGUGUACGUUCGUAUUCGUGUGUCGCCUCCAUUUCUCGCUUCAUUAUCGCUUCAUUGCCGCCUUUGUGCAUCGAACGCUUCAUUCUUUGACCUUGGACCGUUCGCACGUCCCUCGUGAUUCGUGUUUAGUUUGACGAUAGGUUCGACUUUUGUGUGCAAUAAAUGAAAUUAGUCGUUCUUUGUGCCACGCGCACCUUGAUUAAUUUUUCUUCAUGAAUGGUGACUCAAAUACUGAUAUAAUUGUAUUUAAAGUUAAACUUACCAAGACCAAGUUGGUGUUAAAUAAGAUCAACUGGUUAAAACGCGCCAAGUACCACGAAGAAAGGCUACAGAAACGCUUCGUUUUUCGCCAAAAUUACAUACACGUUUUCUGCCACUAAUUAAUUUUAAAUACAGUUAUACAAUCAAUUUGAAUUUGUGCAAUCGAGUGUUUCGCUAAACAGACAUUUAUCUCGCGAAUAUCUUCGUCUAGUGUUGCAAUUUUAUAUUUGACUGUGUUAAUAUGGAAUAUAUGACGAGAUCAGAGGGAGGAAUUAUUCUAGUUUCUUUGUUUAUCGAGAGAAUUUCGAAUGGCAAGUGGAUAAUUUUCUGACAAGAAUACUCCAAGGUCAAGCUUGUCGAGCAUCUUAUUUAUUGCAUAUAUGUAUACAUAUUACUCCAGGAAAAACGUUUGCAUCUACCAAUGCAAUCUCGAAGACUUUUCGUGGCACCCGAAUCGCAAUUAUUAAAACGUUAUCGUUCACGGAUCAUAAGUUGUAUAUUAAAUGGUUGUUAGUUAUUGUUAUGACUUUACGUUCUGUAUCGUACGAUCAUUUACGGCAACACCAGUAUACAUAGAUUGUCGUUUUACCAGCGAUUUACGUCGAUCAUGUACUCUGAUGUAAAUAUUACAUGGCCGGUGUAAAUAUUACGGAUAUUUCGUUUUCAUCUAAACAAGAUUUCCCCAGCAUGCGAUUAUCUCAUGGGCAUAAUACGAUACAUUUUAUAUACUAUGGAUACGUUUAGCUUUAGAACCGACACGUUUGUAAGUUUAAUCUUAAGAGCUAAUCUGUUAUCUACAGAUUGCAAAUUUUAUGCAAGGAUGCAUGCUGGUAUGGAAAGCAUAUACAAGACUCGUACAGAAUAUAUUUCAUAAAUUAAUAUAAUAAUAUUAAUACUUCAUUCUGUAUAACUGCGUAUCUUCUGCAAAGAUUAUGUUUCUCAUACUUGCAUACACCAUGAAUGCAUAAAAUCUGUAAUCUAGUUAUCAAACAAUUGUUCUGUUUUUUUUUUCAUCGUGUUCUAGUGUUACGAUGCAGCAUAAUAUAACUCUAAUGUUACGUUUCCCCGGUGAACAAUAGGAAUACGUUUCGGUUAAUUGUAUCGUUAAUUUGUAAUGAGUGUAAAUAUUAAAGUAUUUCUCAGUUUUCGCAAACGAUUCGAGGAACUCGAACCAUUGUUUUGCAAGAGAUGGACGAAUCAUUAAUCACGUUAAACGUUGACUGUUUUAUUCGAAGCGGAUCGUAAUGACUCGAUACAGCUCAAUUACCCUAAAGAAUUACACCUAUCAAUCAAGAGAAAGUGUCGAGGUAUUAAAGGUUAGGACAUUUUUUGGAUCUUUUUCACCGUAUUUGUACCAUCGUAGAAUUUACGAGAUUAGAGUAGUUCAUGCGAUAGAAUGAUCCUGAAACUUACGAUAACGUUCGUAUUCGAAAGUAGAAAAUCAAAAUUUUGGAAUUUUUAUUUCGUUCAGCAAAGAUCUAUGAGAUUUUCAAUUGAGAAAUGCUAGUAUCGACAAUAGCAUGUAGGACUAUUAACUGGAUAACGCACAAAUCUUUCAAUGAAGAUACAUAAGGCGCUAAAAUUCUAGAUUAGCCACUUAUCUGUGGUGGAAGUGAAAAAUUAACGCGAUGCAUUAGACGGGACGCACACUUGUUCACUCGCAAUUGUCACUGCAGAAUUUAGCGCGAAAACAGACACUUGACACAGCUUGGUUUCGCUCGAAUAUCCCUUUUAGUUUCUUCAUCGACCCAAAUCCUACAUUCCGAAUUUUAAUCUGCGAGGAUUGCCUUCCCUUUCGUUUCUUAACUUUAUUUCGAGAAAGUUAUACAUUGAUUAAAUCCUUGAAACGCGCACUGUUAACAUACUCAUCUGCGAAAGUAAUUUUACCGGUAAUGGUUUUAAUGGUAAUAAUGUUAAGAGUAAUGAUAUUAACAAUAAUAAUUAUCGCAUAAUAAAUAUCCAUCACGUACUCACUAUCGUGUAAGAACGAACGAAAACCGACGUUUUAUGAAUAACGUUGCGACUUGUCUGAACUACUCGUAAACGACCAAAACUGGUUACCAUUGUAACAGUUGUAAUAUGGAAAUUUACACUAUCGUGAACGUCGUGAUACACUUUUGAGACAAGAAUUUUCGAUCGCAUUUAGAAGAGAUAUUCGAGUUUUUCUAGUAGAUUUUGUAUCGAAAUUUCACAAGCGUUUUUAAGAGUUUCUAUACACGAAAUGAGUUCUACUAGGGAUUACAGAACGUGCCGUUUAAUUAUUUGACGUAGUUUAUGAUAGAUCUCUAGGCUAUUGACCGCAGUUAUUUUAUCGAAACGACUUCAACGUUUCCAAAAAGGUAUUGUUGUCUUCUAAUGAUUAUAUUGCUGGAUAUGUGUGAUUAUAUAAGACUGCUCGAAGCCUAUUUAAUUAAGAAGCGGUUCUGUUUCGUUCGAAGUACUACAGUUUGUUGAGAAAAAUGUUAUCACCGUUUGUUUUUACCGUUUGUAGACUAUUAACAAUUUAUUGAGUCUUUAUCGUACAUGUUACAUUCGCUGAAAAUACAUAAUUAUCGUUUUCUUUUUUGUAAAGGUGGGGAUUUUUCUGUUCGUUCACCAUUGCAAUGGAAAUACGCGUUUUACAUGAAACUUUUCUAUGGGAAUUCAUUAACUGUACACGCGAGGGCUUGGCAACAGAUUUACCUUUAUAAAAAAUAUAAUUAUCAAUGUGUUCACGUUGCGUGACCUCGAGUCGAGUAUUCGAAAGAAAUGUAUAGUUUAUCGAUAUAAUAAGUGAUAUACAGCUAGAGUACCUAUUUAUGUCUGUUACAAUGUAUGUGAUCGCUUGAAAUAAAAACUUGACAUCAAUAUUGA